UCGCCCUCUCUCAGCAGCUCCAUCUUCUUCCCUCUCUCACUUUUCGCUGCGCAACUCAGAACCACAGCGCCAUCGCCAUUUUUGAUCUUCUGGUCAAACAAAUUAUUCUCCCCACUGGAAUCUCACGUUCCAUAAUGUCGGAGUCGAGGGACAGAUUGGAGAGGCAAGUCGACUAUGCCGAGUUCUUUGUAACUCGGAGAKCGGGAGGCAUUUUGGUCGAUCCUGAGGUGACUCCGGUUGUGCGACCCACUGCGACGACUACAGCUCCUCAAAGACCUUCGAAUCUCGGCCCCGGGGGAGGCGGCGUGCCUCUGAGACGCAGUUUUGGGUCUCCUAUUUCUGGAGGAAUUGGACGGAAUCGAUUUCUUUACAGAUCUCCGGUGAUGAACCGCGAAAAUGCGGCGGCGGGGAGUUCCCGGCGGAGUAGAUCUAGGGGGAGGAACAGCGUGUUACCUAGUUGGUACCCAAGAACCCCUCUCCGCGACAUAACGGCAGUUGUGAGGGCAAUUGAACGGACAAGAGCUCGCUUGAGAGAGAACGARGGCCAAGGAAGUGACAAUACUCCAGCUCCCUCGGACCAAAGAGCUAUAGAUUCUAGCGCAUCUGUGGCAGGUGAUCAUCAAGAGCCAAGUAUCUCUCUGAUCACCCCAAAACCAACCGUAGGAGGAGUAAAAAAGAUUCUGCGUGGAAUUGCGAACCAGAACGCGGGAGAAGCCGAGUUUCUGACUCCCCAGAAGAAGCUCUUGAACUCCAUAGACAAAGUGGAGAAGGUAGUAAUGGAGGAACUGGAGAAAUUGAAGAAGACGCCGAGUGCCAAGAGGGCAGAGAGGGAAAAAAGAGUUCGCACUCUGAUGUCAUUUCGUUGAUUCAGUUCAACAUAAACACUACCAGAAUUGGAGUGAUCAGAUCAGACAAUCAAAUUCUUUCAGAAUUCAUAUCAUAUAUGCAAUCAUCUGCUGAUGAUUACUUGGUAAAGAGCGCUGUUUGAUCAAAGAGAGGGGGUAGAGAAGAGAKAUCCUCAUCUUCUGAUGAGAUCUCCAGAGGGGUAUGUUACUUUUCCUGUUAAAUGAAUCAUUUUCAUUUGCAAAAACUAUGUUUCCUUUAGAUGUUUGUAAGCAUUUACAAGAUAGGCUGCCCUUUUUUUUUGUUUACUAUAGAUAUAGAUAGAUAUGCAGGCCUUUUUUUGGGCAGUAGAAAUAAUGUAAAUAGAAAUCUUAUUCAACUCUACUUUGACUUGAGUAUUUUGUCUCUAA